GCCGGCGCGGAACCUGCCGUUCGUCGGGCACAAUAGGUCUCCUUCGCUGCCGAGCGCAUCCUCUCUCGGUUCGCGAUCCCUCGCACUUCCUUGAACUGCGUGAGAGCGCAGAAGCGUUUGGAAUCGCCCGUUCGGAGCAAAACCUCAAGGAUGAAGAAAACAUUGUUAAUAGAACCUGCCAUUUCCUUGUAUAUUUUUGCCUAUUCUGUGACCGCCCCUCUGAAGCAGCAGUAUGUGUACAAGAGGAUCUGGGAGGAAACUAUCAACUCUACCUUCAUAGUUCAAGGCAAUAUUUCUCAUUGUGAACUAAAUCAAAGCAAUCCAACCUACCUGAAGCAGAAGGAAGUCCAAGAAAAAGCCUCCCUCUUUGCUAUGAAAACGGACCUAUGUGGGGUAGUUUUUAGCAUUUUGGUGGCCUUUGUCCUAGUAGCAAAUAGUGAUCGAUAUGGACGCAAAAUAUCGUUGGUUCUUCCUCUGGUGGGGAAUCUUAUCAGCAGUGCCUUUCUCUGGGCUAUGUCAGACUUUUCUUUGCCCCUUUACCUUUUCUUCGUUUUCUCCUUUGUUUGUGCCCUGUUAGGGGACAUGGCUACCUUUCUUGGAGGGGCCUUUGCCUUCACAGUUGAUUGCUGUAAGACUCAAAAACAGAAGGUCAUCCGAAUAGCUAUCGUCGACUUCAUUUAUGGAGUCGCAUCUGGAUUGGGAGGACUGGCCUCAGGGUACAUUCUAAAACUAAUAGACUUUAGGUGGACAUUUGCCAUCAUUUUUCUACUUCACACGGUCAACAUUAUCUAUGUCAUAUUUUGCUUGGAUGAAACAGUGAGUGUCUCGGCAUUCCAGACACAAUCUUGGCGGGAAGGUCUUAAAGAAACUCUUUCUGGAGUAUAUAUGCUCUUUAAAUCCUCCUCCUAUAAGAAGCGAAUUUUAAUCAUCUUGCUGCUUUGUACGUUCAUGACUUACCUUUUCGCAGCAUUUGGAGGGACUAGUCUCUAUGUGCUGUAUGAACUGAACGCUCCCCUCUGUUGGAAUGCCAUUUAUAUAGGAUAUGGCUCAGCAGCGUCCACCACAGUUUCUCUGACUGGUUUCCUAGGGAUUGUUUUACUUUCUGAGUAUCUGAGAGAGAGCUACCUUGUUUUUAUUGGAAUCUUCUCUUAUAUUGGAGGAAGUAUCAUGGCCGCCUUUGCCAACACUACAUUGCUGAUGUUUUUGGUGAGAGUGCCAUCUAUGCUCCUUUUUAUACCCAUUCCAGUUAUUCGAUCCAUGUUGUCCAAAAUAGUUCUUCCUAAUGAGCAAGGAGCUUUAUUUGCUUGCAUUGCCUCCUUAGAAGUUGCAACGGGGACUAUUUCACUUGCUGUUUCUAACACCAUCUACGCAAUGACUGUAGCAUGGUUUCCCGGCUUUAUUUUUCUCUUAUCAGCUGGUUUCUGCAUAAUCCCACUGAGUUUAAUGAGCUGGUUUAUGUAUGUCACCCGGCAUGAUGAGAACUUUGUGCUACUGGUAAAUGAAGAGGACUGUCCUGAGCAGCAUGGCGACAGCUGAACAGAGAAUGCACCUAGCAGCCACUGUUCUCAAGCUUCUAUAAUGACUUGACCUGUGGAUGGAGUUGCCCAAUGGCACCAUUGCGGGAGUUCCACAAUAAUUGAUGGUCCAGGUUUGCUUUUGCCUUGGAUUGCCUAUAGGAUGCCAUGCAAGAGAUGUAAAGUAAAUUUAAAUAUGCUCUAUGACCCCCACAUGUUGACUGUGAGAGUUUCUUGCCUUAGAUUUCUUCCCACUGCUCCCCUGUCUCAAACUGCCCUGUGAUUCGAACUAGGCCAACAGGUCAAUAAACUAAAAAAACGUAUCUUUGCUUUAUCAAUAUAGCAGAUUAUAAAAAGGAAAUUACUCUUAAGAUGAACUUUGCAAAAACAGACAAGCCUAUGCUGAAAGUAUUGAUUGUGUCAUGCACCUUUUUUAAUCCCUCCACUAGCCUGCAUUCAAAAUUCUCAAGACCAUUAUUUUAUUUAAGUUGGUGGGGUUAAUCCCCCACCCCACCCCUUGAAGUACCUCUGCUUAUGUCUAUUUAUAUCAGAAUUCUCUAACCCCUUCUAUAUUCAUCAGUUUCUCUUUUACAAACUGGUAGGUUCAGACAGCAAGUGUGACAUAAUUAGUAAGGGCUGGAACUGGGGAGAACUAGAUUCAAGUCUCCUCUCAGCCACAGAACAACUGGAUGGCUUAGGACAAGUAUCAACCCAACUUAGCUCACUGUUGUUGUGGGGAUAACAAAGAAGACCAUAGCGUGUGCUGUCUUAUGUCAGGCCUAGCCCAAGAACAACGAUGAAACAGUCCAGUCUAAUACAGUUCCUUUAUUUGCUUACACCUUAUA